AUGGGCUGUGGCUGGUUUCCGUGUGCAUUGCUCAGCUGUUGUUUGGAUACUGCUUGCAGGAGUAUUGAAACGCGCCCGCAUUACGUCACGCGGCGAUUUGCCGAAUUCUCUGCGUCAAUCAUAGUCAUCAACGAGGGCUGGGAGGAUCUGCAAUUGGACACUUCCAUGAUGCGUAUGCUCUCGGAAUUGGAAGCAUUCCUGGCCAAUUCCGCUGCCCUGUUCAACAGACAAAAGGACCGGUUGGUCUUUUUCAUCAACAACUACGACCUCAUCCUCACCAUCAUGCAAGAAAAGACAUCAGGACCGUCGAAGGAGAGCCAACACUUUGAACUGGUGCUCAACGCAAGGAUACAAAGCUACGUGCAGGAGGAGCUAGCACCAUACUUUGGCAAACUCAUUAUGUUUGUGGGAGAGACCGAGCCACUCCUGGCCGAGGGCAAGGUGCAGCUAGACCAAGCGCGUGUGGAGAAACUGGUGCGGUCCUUCGCACAAGACUGGCGCAGAGCCAUAGACGACAUCAACGCAGACGUGCUGCAAUCGUUCACCAACUUCACAGCCGGCACAGAGAUCCUGCAAGCCGUGCUCACUGGCCUCAUUAUCUACUACCAACGUUUCCUGGCGAUCAUGGCAAAGGCUCCCUUCAACACGCUCUCCUGCCGACACGAACUCAUCAACAUCCAUCACGUUAUGGUGGAAGUUAAGAAACACCGCGCCACCUUCUGA